AGUGUUGCUAAUUAUUAGUUCAAGGACAUAGCUGGAUGAGUAGCUUAGCCUUCAUUACCAAAUGUCUUUCACCUAUGACCAACAUAAAUGAUUUCCUGGGUCACAAAUCAGCUUCUAGCUUGAGGGGUGAUUGGAAAAUCAAGUAUCAAGUCUGUAAACUCUCUAAAUUUCUUAGAGCCACUGAUUCAAAGAGACAAGAGAGAGAGAGAAAAAAGAAAAACUUCUUCCCUUCAGUUUACUGCAUAUAGGUCUUUCAACAGAGACUUUAAAAACUGAGGACGUUGUGUUCUGAAUCAAUGUUACAGGAUGGCAGUAUCAUAGUCUGCUGGCUAGAAUUUCCUGAUUGGGAGUUGGAUGGAAGAGGUUCUAUGCACAGCUCUGACACUACUUGAUCUUGGGCUUAUUUAAAAUGCAGAGUGAGAAGCAGGAUCCAGUAAAUUACUAUGUUGGGAUUGAUGUUGGAACAGCAAGUGUUCGUGCGGCUUUGGUAGACCAAUUUGGGACAAUAGUGGCACAUGCGGAUCAGUCAAUCCAAAUUUGGGAACCCAAACCAGACCACUAUGAGCAAUCCUCGGAUGACAUCUGGGCUGCUUGUUGCACAGUCACAAAGAAAGUCAUCCAAGGAGUAGAUGUUGCCUGGAUUCGAGGGCUCGGUUUUGAUGCUACGUGUUCACUUGUUGUUGUGGAUAAGCAGUUUCAGCCCUUGGCAGUUAAUUAUGAAGGAGAAUGUAAAAGAAACAUCAUUCUGUGGAUGGACCAUCGUGCAGCCAGUCAAGUGGACAGAAUCAAUGGAACUCAACACAGUGUUUUGAGCUAUGUUGGGGGAGUGAUGUCUGUAGAAAUGCAACCACCUAAAUUGCUGUGGAUGAAAGAAAACUUGAGAGAGUCUUGCUGGGAAAAGGCAGGCUACUUCUUUGAUCUUCCAGAUUUCUUAUCAUGGAAAGCAACAGGUGUCACUGCCAGGUCUCUCUGUCCAUUGGUGUGCAAGUGGACAUAUUCCCCAGACAAGGGCUGGGAUGAUAGCUUCUGGAAGGUGAUUGGUUUAGAAGAUUUGGUGGCAGAUAAGUAUGAAAAAAUUGGAAACCAAGUCCUGUCUCCUGGAGCUUCUGUUGGAAAUGGCCUAACGCCAGAGGCUGCAAAAGACCUCGGUCUUGCUGAAGGAACUGCAGUAGCAGCAUCUCUCAUUGAUGCACAUGCUGGAGGACUAGGAGUGAUUGGAGCAGAUGUGAAAGGACAUAACCUGCCCUGUGAAAAUCAGCCAGUUACAUCCCGGCUUGCUGUGAUCUGUGGAACAUCUUCCUGUCACAUGGGGAUAAGUGAUGCUCCCAUUUUUGUGCCUGGUGUUUGGGGUCCCUAUUACUCAGCCAUGGUGCCUGGAUUCUGGUUGAACGAGGGAGGCCAAAGUGCUACAGGAAAACUGAUAGAUCAUGUAGUCCGAGGCCACGUUGCCUUUCCAGAGUUACAAGCAAAAGCGGCAGCCAGUGCUCAAAAUAUAUAUACAUACUUGAACAGUCACCUGGAUCUGAUUAAGAAAUCUUUGCCUGUGGGUUUCCUCACUGUUGAUUUACACGUUUGGCCAGAUUUCCAUGGUAACCGAUCUCCCUUAGCAGAUCUGACACUGAAGGGCAUGGUUGUUGGAUUGACAUUGUAUCAGGGCCUUGAUGAACUCGCUCUUAUCUACUUGGCCACAAUUCAAGCCAUUGCUUUGGGAACAAGACAUAUUUUGGAAACUAUGCAGUCUGCCGGGCAUCACAUCAGCACUCUGUUUCUGUGUGGAGGGUUGAGCAAGAACCCCCUCUUUGUGGAGAUGCAUGCUGACAUUACUGGCAAGCCCAUUGUCCUGUCCAAAGAGGUGGAGUCUGUUUUAGUUGGUGCUGCUAUUCUUGGAGCUUGUGCUUCUGGAGAUUUUGCUUCAGUACAGACUCCCCCACUGCAGUGGAAUCUCCUUCCUGAGGUGGUCCACUUGGCUAUGACAAUGUCCUCCCUCCUGAAGACCCAUAUCUUCCAGAGGCCAUGGAGAGAAUGGGAAAAAUCGGGAAAAUCGUGCUUCCAAACCACAGGGAUAAAAGAUUUUAUGACAAGAAGUAUGAAGUGUUUUUGAAACUUGUUGAACAUCAGAGAGAGUAUAAAGCCAUCAUGCGAAGCGUAUAACCAACAGUCAUAUAGUCUGGGAUCUACAGGGAUCGCAGAUUUCCCAGAGGUUUACAAUUAAAAAUUCAUAGGAA